AUGAUUCCAAGUCGAACUCUACUGUUGCUGUCCUUCAGUGUAGCCGCUGUUACAGGGCGCUCUUCCAAACCCAACUUCAUCUUCAUCAUUACCGACGAUCAAGACUUGCACUUGAACUCGCUCGACUACCAGCCUGCUGUGCAGAAGCAUUUCGCCCAGGAAGUGUCGCUCUUGACUGGGAAAGCUGCCCAUAAUACGAACGUCACGGACGUGUCUGCUCCUUACGGCGGGUAUCCUAGAUUCAUUGAAGAAGGUUUCAAUGAUGCUUAUCUUCCCGUGUGGCUUCAGGAGGCGGGCUACAACACAUAUUACACUGGAAAACUGAUGAAUGGACACUCCACCUCUACAUACGAUGCACCACGAGCUAGUGGCUGGAACGGUUCUGACUUCCUGAUUGACCCCGGAACAUACGUCUUCUACAACUCAACCAUGACACGUAACCACGACACCUACAGAAACCUACCAGGAGAAUACUCAACCGACCUCGUAGCCAACGCCGCAGUCUCCUUCCUAGACGAAGCCAUCGCAGCACCAGACCGACCAUUCUUCAUCGGCGUCGCACCCAUAGCCCCCCACUCAGAAACAAUCACCAACCCACGCCCCACAAAGUUUAACCUGCCAGUUCCCGCAAAGCGACACGAACAUCUCUUCUCCGACGUAAAAGUACCCCGAACACCAAACUUCAACCCCUCAAAACCAGGAACAGCAUCCUACUUCUCCACGCUCCGCCCGCUCAACGCCUCAGAAAUUGCGUACAACGACGCCUGGUACCGCGCGCGCCUGCAAACCCUCCAAUCCGUCGACGACCUCAUCAACUCCAUCAUGAACCGUCUGAGCGAAGACCCCGAGGUAUUGGAAAACACUUAUUUAAUUUACACAACAGACAACGGCUUCCACAUCAGCCAACACCGGCUCCCGCCCGGUAAAUCCUGCGGCAUAGAAGAAGACAUCAACAUCCCCUUCUUCAUCCGCGGCCCGGGCAUCGCCAAGAACGCAGUGAUGGAUAUUCCUAGUAGUCAUACGGAUAUCGUGCCGACGCUGUUUCACCUCGCUGGUAUACCAGCUCGCGAGGACUUUGACGGGGAGGUUAUUCCCGUUACGGGGGCGAUGCAGGAAAGGGGUGGGAAGAGCGAGCAUGUCAACAUUGAGUUUUGGGGCGAGUAUUUGGUGGAGGGGAAUACGUUUUAUGGACAGAGUGCGUGGGCGAAUAAUACGUAUAAGACGGUGAGGGUGGUGGGGGAGGAGUAUGAUUUGAGUUAUACGGUUUGGUGCACGAAUGAGCGGGAGCUUUAUGAUAUGAAGGUGAGUCUCAUUUCGCUGUUCUCUCUCACACUUCCUUUACUUCAUAGGCUUGGAAAUCAGGGAGCUGACAAACCCAACAAGACCGACCCCUACCAACUCAUCAACCUCCUCUCCACACCUAACACCAACACCACCUCCUCCACCACUCACAUAAACACCUACCCCAUCCUCCCCCUAACCGCCCGCCUCGACGCCCUCCUCCUCACGCUCAAGCGCUGCAAAGGCCGUGUGUGUACGCGACCAUGGGAGAAAUUGCAUCCCGACGGCAAUGUACGCACUCUGAAAGAUGCUAUGCAUGAAAAGUACGAUGUGUUUUACUUAGAGAAGCAGAAGAAGGUUAGUUUUGAGGAGUGUGCGUUGGGUCAGAUAUUGGAGGUUGAGGGGCCGCUGGAGCCGGUGGCUUGGAGGGAGGAGUGGGAUGAGUGGAGUUGGGGGACGUAG